AUGUAUAGAAUUUCAUUAUCAAAUACAAUUCGUUUAUCAACAAAAAGACAAUUUUCAACAACUUCUUCAAAUUUAGUAAAUUAUGGAUUUGUUGGUUUAGGACAAAUGGGUCAACAUAUGGCAAGACAUAUAUAUAAUAAUUUAGAAACAGAUGAUCAAUUAUAUGUUUAUGAUACUAUCCCCAAAUCAGUUGAUGAUUUUGUGCUUAAUGUAACUGAAACAAAUACCACCAACAGAGACAAAUUAACAAAAUUACCAAAUUUAAAAAGCUUUGUUACUGAUGUUGAUGGACAAUUAGAUUUUAUUGUUACUAUGGUUCCUGAGGGGAAACAUGUAAAGGGAGUAGUUGAAGAUAUUAUAACAAGUUUUAAAGAAAAUGGUUAUUCACCAGAAUAUAAAACAACAAUUAUUGAUUCUUCAACAAUUGAUAUUCCAACAUCUCAAGAAAUUCAUAAAUAUGUAAAAGAAACUAUACCAGAAUUUGAUUUUAUUGAUGCUCCUGUUUCAGGAGGUGUUGCUGGUGCAAGAAAAGGAACAUUAUCAUUUAUGUUAAGUAGAGAUAAUCAUCAAGAUAUUUCACCUGCUCUCACGGUUUUAUUAAAUAAAAUGGGGAAAAAUAUUUUCCCAUGUGGUUCAACUCAUGGUACAGGAUUAGCUGCAAAAUUAUCAAAUAAUUAUCUUUUAGCUAUAACAAAUAUUGCAGUUGCAGAUUCUUUCCAAUUAGCCAAAACAUUUGGAUUAAAUUUACAAAAUUAUGCAAAAUUAGUUUCUGUAUCAACUGGUAAAUCUUGGGCUUCUGUUGAUAAUUGUCCAAUUGAAGGUGUUUACCCAGAUGCAAAUUUACCAGCAGAUGUUGGUUUCAAAGGUGGAUUUAUAACAAAAUUAACAAGAAAAGAUGUUGUUUUAGCUACUGAUUCUGCUAAAAAAUUUAAUAGAUUUUUAUUUUUAGGUGACGUUGGUAGACAUUGGUAUGAUAAAGCUUGUGAAAGAAAAGAUAUUGCUGAUCGUGAUUUAGGUGUAUUAUAUGAAUGGUUAGGUGAUUUAAAACAAAAUGAAAAUGGAGAUAUAAUUGAUGUUAAAGGUGGUCAAAAAUAG